UCGUGAGACCGGUCACCUUGCUGGUCUGGUUGUACCGAGUUUCGUGAGAGAAAAGCACUGUACGCGAAAUAAGUUUAAAAACAAUUUCUAUACAUACACAUUUAUUAUUUAGCAUAAUUGCGAAAUUCAUGACACAAAAACGAUUUAGAAUAAUGUAAAAGACAUAAGUAAAUUGUUUUCUACUUAUUUGAAUUCAUAUUCUUAAAAGAAAAACUUGAAGCCGGGAAUCAAAUACAUGUAAUUGCAUGUAUUACUUAAUCUAACACUUUCAUUAAAAUAUUAAUUAUGUACAGAUUUUAAGUGACAUCAUAACUAAUUAAAUAUAGGAAAAAUGAAAUCAGUGAAGUCAAUUUUUAUCGUAACAGUCUUAUUUAUCGUGACAUGCGAAUCACGACAACCAGUAUUUUUUCGAACAUACAAAUGCGUGAAUAAUGUAUGCCAAAGAACAAAGCAUCCUACAACAACAUUCGAUGAAAAUAGUACAAAUUCAAUUAAACAACAUAGCACAUUAGCGUCAUGUCGAUUGGUGUGUGAAAAAAAUGGAAAUCUCUGGCCACUGCCUACUGGAAUUUCCGAAAUUGGAAGAAAUUAUUUAUACGUCAAUCCUAAUAAUAUUUCCUUUAACAUGUUGGAAGUGCCAUUUGAAGUAACGACAUUUUUAAAAGAAAUGUGUAACAUUUUUCUACAAAAUAUGAGAUCCUUAUGUAGCAAUGAAUGUAAGGCUAUUGAUGAUUUAAAUAUCACUAUUUACUUCAGAAUUGAGUCGAAAAACCUCGACUUAAAUUGGGAGACUAAUGAGAAAUAUAGUCUUAAUGUACCUAAAGGAGGAAAAAAUAAUAAGAAAGUAUCAAUAAAUGCAUCUACUGUUUAUGGAGCUCGUCAUGGAUUGGAAACUCUUUUACAACUAAUUGCACCUAGCUUAACAAAUGCUGGAGAUUCAACACUAGUUAUCGUAGAUAAUGCAAUAAUCAAGGAUAAACCAGCGUAUCCUCAUCGAGGAUUAUUAAUCGAUACUGCCAGAAAUUUUCUCCCAGUGAAAGAUAUAUUAAGGACAAUCGAUGGACUUGCUGCUUCAAAAUUAAACAUUUUACAUUGGCAUGCCACUGACAGUCAAAGCUUCCCCCUUGAGAUAAAAAAUCUUCCAUUAAUGACUUUAUACGGAGCUUAUAGUUCUGAAAAAGUGUAUAGCGAGUCUGACAUGAAAAUGGUGAUAAAAUACGCUAAAGCUCGGGGAGUCAGAGUUAUUUUGGAAAUAGAUUCACCAUCACACGCAGGAGCUGGAUGGGAAUGGGGUCCUGAUGCUGGUCUUGGAAAUCUCGCAGUUUGUAUAAACCAACAACCUUGGAGGGACUAUUGUAUUCAACCACCCUGCGGUCAACUUAAUCCUGUCAAUCCUUAUACUUUAAGUACAUUGAGAAAUUUAUAUAGUGAUAUUCUAGACAUUUGGGAUAAAGAUACAAUAUUACAUCUUGGUGGUGACGAGCUUUUUAUAAACUGUUGGAAUAGUACUUCAGAAAUAACUGACGAAAUGAAAGCAAAAGGAAUGGGACUCCGUGAUAUAGAUUUCUUUAAACUUUGGAGUGAUUUUCACAAAUCGCAAGUGAAUAUUUUAAAAAAUAUAACAGGGAAUGAGAACACAAAAGCAAUAGUUUGGAGUUCUCAUUUAACGUCUGCAAAUUUAAUAGAAAAUUAUCUCGAUAAAAGUCAAUUUAUUAUCCAAACCUGGGUAGAAGCCGAACUAGAUCUUAACGAAGAAUUAUUAAAUCUUGGAUAUAAUUUAAUAAUUUCUACAAAAAAUGCAUGGUACCUGGAUCAUGGAUUUUGGGGAACUACAAAUUAUCAUACCUGGAGAGAUGUUUACAACAAUCGGAUUCCAAAUUCGAGAGGAGUUCUUGGAGGUGAAGCCUGCAUGUGGGGUGAAUAUGUAGUAAGUGGUUCUUUGGAUUCGCGAGUUUGGCCAAGAACAGCUGCUAUUGCUGAAAGAUUAUGGACCAAUUCUCCAAAUUUAACAACGGCGGACGUGGAACCAAGAUUAAUGGCACAGCGAGAAAGGCUAGAGAGCAGAAAUAUUUUCCCCGAGGCAAUUGCACCUGAAUGGUGCAACCAACAUGAGACUCAAUGUUACUAAACUAGAAUUUUAUUUCGAUAUUAUCAUAUUUUUGUAUAAAUAAAAAAAUAAUACAAAUCAUCUACAUGUGAUAAAAGACACACAACAAAUACUCUGUGAUUUUUAAAAUAAAUUUAUAUAAAUUUAUUAAAAAUUACCAAAGAAA